AUGGCGCGGUACCAGAACAGACUCAACCGGAUCUUCUCAGCUGGGAUUGUGUGGGAUCCCGAGGAGCCUCUCCCGGAAGAGUUGCAAGAUGACCUCUUUCGUUCCAACAGCGAGACACAGGAUAUUCUAGACGUAUUGAAUUUCCGCACAGGGUACUCGGCAGCGGCGCAUGUCGAUGGCCCAUUUCGUGACCCAGCUCAAAUUACGCAGCCCCUUAUUCAAUGGGGUCAACAGAUCGCAGCGACAUGGCCGGUAGAGGGCGCAAAGAAGAACCUUCCCCGUUUCACUGUGCAAGAACAGGGCCGCAACGUCCUUCCGCCACUAUCGGUCACAGUUAAUGCCUUCAUCGUGCAAGACACGGCAAGAGUCACCGUCACGCAGCUCUUCUGGAAUGACUCGGGCAUCCCGAUCAAAAAAGCCGCCUUCACAUUCCCUCUCGCUACCGGUUGCACCGUCACCGACUUCAGCUGCAGAAUCGGGGCCAACAAGAUCAUCAAGGGCACCGUCAAGCCAAAAGAAGAAGCCCGCGAGGCAUUUCGGGAUCACAUCCGUCAACACGAUACCGCUGCUGGUCUGUUGGAACAGGAGACGCCCGAAAUCUUCACCACCACCCUGGGUAACGUGCCCGAGAAAACCAAGGUCAAGGUGGAGUUGACCUACAUCAGUGUGCUCAAGCACCGCUUUGCUGAUAACAACAAUACCACCACCCUGACUAUCCCAACGUCCAUUGCUCCACGUUACGGGGACGCGCCGGAAGAAUACAAUGACGCUGCGACAACAAACGUACCCCAAGGGCUGUCUCUGGAGGUCGAAAUUGUCGAGACAGAGAAGAUCGCCUCCAUCGUCAGUCCUUCCCACGCGAUUGCUGUCACACGGCGGCGCGGAGCUCGCACGGCUCAGAGCUUUGCAGACCUUGCCGGAGAAGACGAUCGGAGCAACGUCGAAACGGCCUCCGUUGCACUCGAGUCAGGGCGGGUAUUCCUGGACAAGGAUUUUGUGCUGGAUAUCGUAACGACGCCCGAUGGCAACAACGAGAACCCACAGGCUUGGUUGGAGGAACAUCCGAGCCUCCCAAACCACAAGACCCUGAUGCUCACUCUCCCGUCCGGGUUCCUAGCCAGGAAAGCGCCUCCGGUGCAACAAUCUGAGAUUCUCUUCCUGGCGGAUUGUUCCGGUUCCAUGAAGGACAAAAUCAGGCCCCUCAGGUCGGCUAUGCAGUUCUUCUUGAAAGGAAUCCCAGAGGGCCGCAAGUUCAACAUUUGGUGCUUUGGCACCAAAUAUGCCUCCUGGCAGCCACAGUCGGUUGAUUACACAGAAGAGUCGUUGAACUCGGCGCUGUCGUGGGUAGAGAGAGACAUGAGGGCCAAUAUGGGCGGCACCGAGCUGCUACCCGCCGUGCAGGCUAUAGUUGCGGCUCGUGAAAAGGCACUGAUGACGGAUGUUAUUGUUCUGACGGAUGGGCAGACCUGGCGCUUGGAACAAACUCUGGACCUCAUACAAAAGACGCGAGGUCUUACCGAGGGUCGUGUACGCUUCUUUGCCCUCGGCAUCGGCAGAGCAGUCUCGCACGCAUUGGUUGACGGUAUUGCCAAAGCCGGUGGCGGAUACGCCGAAGUCGUCCAGGAAGCCAGUCAGGGAGGGUGGGAAGAUCGUGUUGUGAGCAUGGCAAAGGCUGCUUUGAUGAGUGCCCACCUAGGCCCCCUACAUCUGGAAUUCAACAUCCAGGACCAAACCGGAGACAUGAGAAGCUCGACUCUGGCGGAUGCAAAGAGGUCCCCCGCAGACAUCUCAGCGCUCAACCCAUUCGACCGCAACCGCGUCUACUUCCACCUCGACUGUCUCAAGGAUUCCGAGAGCAUCAAAAGCAUCAGAGUGGAGGUCCAGGCCAACUACGACACCCAGACACUCAACAUCCCCGUCACCAUUCUCGAUAAACGAGACACAACGCUGCACAGGUUGGCUGCGCGGGCAAUGCUGGAAGACCUGGAACAAGGCCGCAGCCAUAUUCACCUGGGCCCGAACCGGCCCAUUCCAGGAUCCUGGCAAGAGACCAACAUAGUGCGCAAAGAAGCGGAAGCGAUCGCCUGCAAGUGGUCUCUCGUCUCUAAAUGGACAAGCUUCUUCCUCGCCGAGGAGCCCUACGCACCGACAGAAGACGAUGCCUUUAUGGGCGAGGUCGUGGAGAUCCAGGUCUCGCCGGGCGAUGAUCUUCUACAGCCUCAUGGUGCUGUAAAGCACAUUGCCGCCAUCGAGCCAGCGGACUCGCACAUACAGAUAGCUGUAGAAGGCCGCCCAGCCCAGUACACCAGCUACAGCUGCAGCCCGGGGGGUUCAUCAGGGUCUUUUCCGGUACGGUCACUACUCGAUUUUGAAUUUCGGUAUCCGGAAGGCACAUUAUCCCCGCCUUGCGAAGCGAGGCACAUCGCACAGCCGGGGGCACCCGGCGGAGUCAACCCGCCUCGCCUCCCACUGGAAUUCUCGGCCACAGUCAAGGAUGAAAAAGUAAAUAUAGAAAGGUCGCACGCUAAGUAUCAACUUGACCAAGGCCACAAUUUCGAACGCCGGGGCCCUGAUCACCAUACAACCACGUCAUGCCCACCAAUGGCACCUGGAGCCCCUCCCGUGGUACACGAAAGGAGCUCUGAUGUCCGGAGGAAGGAAGAACCACACGACUAUUACCUAGUUGCUCGUUCAACGGAGAGGGCAAGCCGAACUCGGGCGAGAAACGAUGAAAAGUACGAUGCUUUACAGGAGCGGCUACGUUCCCGCUUCGAUUCCUCUGAGCAGAGGAGCAGGGGCAAGGACAGUGAUCCCGGGUCAUCAAGCCGAAGCGAUGGUGAUACCAAGGCUGGCCCGCCGAAGGUCAAUAUCAGCGCUCCGCCGAAGGUCAAUAUCAGCACUCCACCCAAGGUCAAUAUCAGCACUCCUAUGGGGAGGCCCUACGACUGGGACUCAUCGUCGACUUCCGAAUGGCAGUUCGAUUCAAUCAUCUUCAGCCCCUUAUCAUCCCCCAGUAAUUACGACCCACGCAAACCCCCAACUCCAGCGGAGGAGACCAGCCAAACUCCCAACCAGCCCCGAUCUAUCACUCGCCCGUUGCGCCGCCACGUGCCCCCCACCGACGGACAGCCCCGCUGA